GGAGGGACAGUCCUGAGGACCUGUGUAAUAACGUUUGUCUCUGUGUCUGGUUCACAGGGAUGGACAGUCCUGAGGACCUGUGUGUUCUCUACUCUAACAGAGCUGCCUGCUACCUGAAAGAUGGAAACAGCUCUGAAUGUAUACAGGACUGCACCAGGUGAGACACUCCCUCAACAACUCUACCUACAUUAUUAUAUAGAUGAGGUUUUAUUUAAAGCACAACCAACAACUUCCAAAACAGUCCUUCUUAGCCUCUGUCCCUAAUGGAACCUUAUUCCAAUUAUAGUGCACUGGCCAACAGUAGGGAUACGGUGACAUUUGGGACACAUCCUUAGUGAAAAGGGACAGAGAGAGUCAGUAAUUACAGCAGAGAUUAAACAGUAUACCCCUCCCUGUCACAUCUGGAUCCAGUGGAUCUAGCCAAUCAUCAGCUCUCAUCAUCCCUCUAUAAUCACUCAAUAGACUCUACCACAAGAGCCCUUCAGUAGGUCAAACUGUGGCUGAGUGGAAGAGGGAGGGCUUGUGGUAACUAACUAGGCCUGCACUACAGACAGAUACUAGUACCUAGUUUGAAUACGUUUGAACUCACUGGCCUCAAUAGGAGAAAUGUAAAUAGGCCCUGUGCUGUGAGCAGAGUAGGCCUCAGAGAUCAGAGUACACAUCACUACUGGGUUAUAGAAGCCCUGUGCUGUGAGCAGAGUAGGCCUCAGAGAUCAGAGUACACAUCACUACUGGGUUAUAGAAGCCAGGUUGUAGACAUCCAUGUUAGGGUUCAUUGUCAGGGGUUAGAUUUGAUUCAUGUUGAUACUUGCACUAUUCUCUCACACAUUUUCUAGGGAAGAUUUAGCUUGUGAUUUAAAAGAGGCUUUUGAGACCCAGUUAAACAUUUUGGAUAACAUCUCCUUAGACAUGUUUAUUUUCUAUCAAUCAUUAAAGAAAAUGUCAAAUGAAUUUUUGUUUAAGGCCGUGACCUAUCACAAGAGCACUUGACUCUUGCCUGUUUGAUUGAGAAGUGGUUUACAUUUACAUUUUAGUCAUUUAGCAGACGCUCUUAUCCAGAGCGACUUACAGGACCAAUUAGGGUUAAGUGCCUUGCUCAAGGGCACAUCGACAGAUCUUUCACCUAUUCGGCUCUGGGAUUCGAACCAGUGACCUUUCGAUUACUGGCCCAACGCUCUUAACCACUAAGCUACCUGCCGCCCUGGGUGUGUUUAUAAUCUUUACAUUUACAGUACCAGUCAAAAGUUUGGACACCUACUCUUUCCAGGGUUUUUCUUUAUUUUUACUAUUUUCUACAUUGUAGAAUAAUAGUGAAUACAUAAAAACUAUGAAAUAACACAUAAUCAUGUAGUAACCAAAAAAGUGUUAAACAAAUCAAAAUAUAUUUUAUAUUUGAGAUUCUUCAAAAUAGCCACCCUUUGCUUUGAUGACAGCUUUGCACACUCUUGACACACCACUGCAAAACCAUAGAGGAGGUUUGGUUGAAGUUCUUAGGAGGCAGAAGAAUAAAGGAGAGCAGAAUCUUUACUGAUCCUCAAACACCAACCACAACCUGCAGGCUUGACCCCUCCCUCCUCAAACACCAACCACAACCUGCAGGCUUGACCCCUCCCUCCUCAAACACCAACCACAACCUGCAGGCUUGACCCCUCCCUCCUCAAACACCAACCACAACCUGCAGGCUUGAUACUGUACUGUACAUGCUAGGUACUGUACAGUAGGUGUAUGCAGGGCUUGAUCCCUUCCCGUCCUCUGUCUUAUUCUAUUUCUACCUGCAGGUCCUUGGAGCUGCAGCCGUUCUCCCUCAAGCCCCUCCUACGCAGAGCCAUGGCUUAUGAGACUAUGGAGCGUUACCGACAAGCCUAUGUGGAUUACAAAACCGUGCUACAGAUAGAUAUCAGUGUGCAGGCUGCACACGACAGUGUCAACAGGUAAACUACUCCACCCCCAUCAUUAGGGUUGCAAAAUUCCUUGAACUUUCCCCAAAUUCCCAGGUUUUCCAGAAAUCCCAGUUGGAGGAUUCCUGGGAUCAGGAUUUCUAGAAAGUUAACAUAAUUUUGCCACCCUACAGUAACAACCAUGUGAAGUGAUUGAGAGUUGUUUGAAAGGCCCCUUUACUGUAGACUCUAAUUAGCCAGCUCAGACGUCAGUCUUCUGAUUAGCAGCAGGACAGAAUGACCUGCUGUCCUCCAGCUACUGCAGCUACACGCUAUUUAUACCCUCACACACACGUCCUGCGCUUACAUAAUAGAGGAUAGGAGGGAGGAUAACAAGGUCUGUGUGUGUGUGUGUGUGUGCGUGUGUGUGUGCCUGCGUGCGUUUGUGUGUGUGUAUUUACGUACGUCUGUGUGUGUGUGUGUGUGUAUGUGCCUGCGUGCAUUUGUGUGUGUGUGUGUGUGUGUGUGUGUGUGUGUGUGUGUGUGUGUGUGUACAUGCGUACGUAUGUGUGUGUGUGUGUACCUGUGUGUGUGUGUGUGUACAUGCGUACGUCUGUGUGUCUCUGUAUGUCUGGUUCCUCCAGAAUCACGCGGUUGCUGAUAGAGCAGGAUGGAGAGCAGUGGAGAGAGAAACUACCUGAGAUCCCUCUGGUCCCACUAUCAGCUCAGCAGCACCGCAGGGAGGAACCGCCCAGCGCUGAGGUCCUACAGGCCAGAGCAGAGAAGGCCAAGCACCACGCAGGUAGGGGUCUCACUCAGUCUAAUGUACACUCUUAGAGAAAAGGAUUCCAAAAGGGUUCUUUGGCUGUCCCCAUAGGAGAACCCUUUUUGGUUCCAGGUAGAACCAUUUUUGGUUCCAUGUAGAACUCUUUUGGGUUCCAUGUAGAACCCUCUGGGGGAAAGGGUUCUACAUGGAACCCAAUAGGGUUCUACAAUGAGGGAAAAAAGUAUUUGAUCCCCUGCUGAUUUUGUACGUUUGCCCACUGACAAAGAAAUGAUCAGUCUAUAAUUUUAAUGGUAGGUUUAUUUGAACAGUGAGAGACAGAAUAACAACAAAAAAAUCCAGAAAAACGCAUGUCAAAAAUGUUAUAAAUUGAUUUGCAUUUUAAUGAGGGAAAUAAGUAUUUGACCCCCUCUCAAUCAGAAAGAUUUCUGGCUCCCAGGUGUCUUUUAUACAGGUAACGAGCUGAGAUUAGGAGCACACUCUUAAAGGGAGUGCUCCUAAUCUCAGUUUGUUACCUGUAUAAAAGACACCUGUCCACAGAAGCAAUCAAUCAAUCAGAUUCCAAACUCUCCACCAUGGCCAAGACCAAAGAGCUCUCCAAGGAUGUCAGGGACAAGAUUGUAGACCUACACAAGGCUGGAAUGGGCUACAAGACCAUCGCCAAGCAGCUUGGUGAGAAGGUGACAACAGUUGGUGCGAUUAUUCGCAAAUGGAAGAAACACAAAAGACUGUCAAUCUCCCUCGGCCUGGGGCUCCAUGCAAGAUCUCACCUCAUGGAGUUGCAUUGAUCAUGAGAACGGUGAGGAAUCAGCCCAGAACUACACGGGAGGAUCUUGUCAAUGAUCUCAAGGCAGCUGGGACCAUAGUCACCAAGAAAACAAUUGGUAACACACUACGCCGUGAAGGACUGAAAUCCUGCAGCGCCCGCAAGGUCCCCCUGCUCAAGAAAGCACAUAUACAGGGCCGUCUGAAGUUUGCCAAUGAACAUCUGAAUGAUUCAGAGGAGAACUGGGUGAAAGUGUUGUGGUCAGAUGAGACCAAAAUCGAGCUCUUUGGCAUCAACUCAACUCGCCGUGUUUGGAGGAGGAGGAAUGCUGCCUAUGACCCCAAGAACACCAUCCCCACCGUCAAACAUGGAGGUGAAACAUUAUGCUUUGGGGGUGUUUUUCUGCUAAGGGGACAGGACAACUUCACCGCAUCAAAGGGACGAUGGACGGGGCCAUGUACCGUCAAAUCUUGGGUGAGAACCUCCUUUCCUCAGCCAGGGCAUUGAAAAUAGGUUGUGGAUGGGUAUUCUAGCAUGACAAUGACCCAAAACACACGGCCAAGGCAACAAAGGAGUGGCUCAAGAAGAAGCACAUUAAGGUCCUGGAAUGGCCUAGCCAGUCUCCAGACCUUAAUCCCAUAGAAAAUCUGUGGAGGGAGCUGAAGGUUCGAGUUGCCAAACGUCAGCCUCGAAACCUUAAUGACUUGGAGAAGAUCUGCAAAGAGGAGUGGAACAAACCCGAGAUGUGUGCAAACCUGGUGGUCAUCUACAAGAAACGUCUGACCUCUGAUUGCCAACAAGGGUUUUGCCACCAAGUACUAAGUCAUGUUUUGCAGAGGGGUCAAAUACUUAUUUCCCUCAGUAAAAUGCAAAUCAAUUUAUAACAUUUUUUACAUGCAUUUUUUUGGGAUUUUUUUGUUGUUAUUCUGUUUCUCAUUGUUCAAAUAAACCUACCAUUAAAAUUAUAGACUGAUGAUGUCUUUGUCAGUGGGCAAACGUACAAAAUCAGCAGGGGAUUAAAUACUUUUUCCCCCUCACUGUAUCUGGAACCAAACAGGGUUCUUCAAAGGGUUCUCCUAUGGGGACAGCUGAAGAACUCUUUUAGGUUGUAGAUAGCACCUUUCUUUCUAAGAGUGUAGUCACCCAGAACCUAAUCUGUACGCUGACCAGCUGUUUCAUCUGUCACAAGAGAUUACACUCAGUCCAAAAUGACCCCCUACUCCCUAUGUUGUUCACUAAUUCUGACCAGAGCCUAUAGCACCCUAUUCCCUAUACAGUGCACUACCUUUGGCCAGAGCCCAGGGUUAAACGCAGUCCAAUAGGGGAUAGGGUGUUGUUCUAUUGGCCGUGUGCAGCCAGCAUCAUCAUCAUUACUCAACCUCUUUCUGCUGUGACCUUCAACGGUCAUAUAGUCUACUGCAGCAGAGAGAGAAGAGAUACUGUCUGCUGGAGUACUAGAGGUGACUAGUGGAACAGAGAGAGGAGAUAUACUGUCUGCUGGAGUACUGGAGGUGACUAGUGGAACAGAGAGAGGAGAGAUACUGUCUGCUGGAGUACUGGAGGUGACUAGUGGAACAGAGAGAAGAGAGAUACUGUCUGCUGGAGUACUGGAGGGUAUUACUGCAGCAGAGACAGAGGAGAGAUACUGUCUGCUGGAGUACUGGAGGUGACUAGUGGAACAGAGAGAGGAGAUAUACUGUCUGCUGGAGUACUGGAGGUGACUAGUGGAACAGAGAGAGGAGAGAUACUGUCUGCUUGAGUACUGGAGGUGACUACAGUCGUGGUCAAACAUUUUGAGAAUGACACAAAUACUAAUUUUCACGAAGUCUACUGCCUCAGUUUUGAUGAUGGCAAUUUGCAUAUACUCCAGAAUGUCAUGAAGAGUGAUCAGAUGAAUUGCAAAGUCCCUCUUUGCCAUGAAAAUAAACUUAAUCACAAAAAAACAUUUCCACUGCAUUUCAGCCCUGCCACAAAAGGACCAACUGCCAUCAUAUCAGUGAUUCUCUUGUUAACACAGGUGAGAGUGUUGACGAGGACAAGGCUGGGGAUCACUCUGUCAUGCUGAUUGAGUUAGAGUAACAGACUGGAAGCUUUAAAAGGAGGGUGGUGCUUGAAAUCAUCGUUCUUCCUCUGUUAACCAUGGUUACCUGCAAGGAAACAUGUGCCGUCAUCAUUGCUUUGCACAAAAAGGGCUUCACAGGCAAGGAUAUUGCUGCUAGUAAGAUUGCACCUAAAUCAACAAUUUAUCGGAUCAUCAAGAACUUCAAGAAGAGGGGUUCAAUUGUUGUGAAGAAGGUGUCAGGGCGCCCAAGAAAGUCCAGCAAGCGCCAGGACCGUCUCCUAAAGUUGAUUCAGCUGCGGGAUCGGGGCACCACCAGUGCAGAGCUUGCUCAGGAAUGGCAGCAGGCAGGUGCAAGUGAAUCUGCACGCACAGUGAGGCGAAUACCUUUGGAGGAUGGCCUGGUGUUAAGAAGGGCAGCAAAGAAGCCACUUCUCUCCAGGAAAAACAUCAGGGACAGACUGAUAUUCUGCAAAAGGUACAGGGAUUGGACUGCUGAGGACUCGGGUAAAGUCAUUUUCUCUGAUGAAUCCCCUUUCCGAUUGUUUGGGGUAUCCGGAAAACACCUUGUCCGGAGAAGACAAGGUGAGCGCUACCAUCAGUCCUGUGUCAUGCCAACAGUAAAGCAUCCUGAGACCAUUCAUGUGUGGGGUUGCUUCUCAGCCAAGGGAGUGGGCUCACUCACAAUUUUGCCUAAGAACACAGCCAUGAAUAAAGAAUGGUACCAACACAUCCUCCGAGAGCAACUUCUCCCAAACAUCCAAGAACAGUUUGGUGACGACCAAUGCCUGUUCCAGCAUGAUGGAGCACCUUGCCAUAAGGCAUAAGUGAUGACUAAGUGGCUCGGGGAACAAAACAUCGACAUUUUGGGUCCAUGGCCAGGAAACUCCCCAGACCUUAAUCCCAUUGAGAAUUUGUGGUCGAUCCUCAAGAGGCGGGUGGACAAACAAAAACCCACAAAUUCUGCAAUCUGCCCAAGCAUGCAAGAAUUGGCUGCCAUCAGUCAGGAUGUGGCCCAUAAGUUAAUUGACAGCAUGCCAGGGCAAAUUGCAGAGGUCUUGAAAAAGAAGGGUCAACACUGCAAAUAUUGACUCUUUGCAUAAACUUAAUGUAAUUGUCAAUAAAAGCCUUUGACACUUAUGGAAUGCUUGUAAUUAUACUUCAGUAUACCAUAGUAACAUCUGACCUGGAUUUUAAGGACAAAAUUACCACACUCACUUAUUUUUGUGAAAUACGAUUCUUACAAAAAUAUAAUUUUGGGGCAAGUUACUCAGUGUGAUGUUACACAUUUACUCAACCAACAUCAUUUCUUCAAUUUCUCUGCAGCUAGAAAAGCAGAAGUUUGUUUCAAUUCACUGAAACAAGAAGGAAAUGAGUUUGUGAAGAAAGGCCAGUUCCAGGAGGCUGUAAGGACGUACAGUGAAUGCCUGAAGCUGAAGCCAGAGGAAUGUCCCAUCUACACCAACAGGUAAGGACCUGGCCGUGUCUACUCCACCCUAACAUGGACAGUAAUGUACAGUGCAUUCAGAAAGGAUUCAGACCCCUUGACUUUUUCCACAUUUUGUUACGUUACAGCCUUAUUCUAAAAGUUAUUAAAUUGUGUGUUGACAAUGACAAAGCAAAAACAGGUUUUUAGACAAUUUAAAAAAACGGAAAUAUUACAUUUACAUAAGUAUUCAGACCCUUUACUCAGUACUUUGUUGAAGCACCUUUGGCAGCGAUUACAGCCUUGAGUCUUCUUGGGUAUGACCCUACAAGCUUGGCACACUUGUAUUUGGGGAGUUUCUCCCAUUUUUGCACAGCUAUUUUCAGGUCUCUCCAGAGAUGUUCGAUCAGGUUCGUGUCCGGGCUUUGGCUGGGCCACUCAAGGACAUUCAGAGUCUUAUCCUGAAGCCACUCCUGCAUUGUCUUGGCUGUGUGCUUAGGGUCGUUGUCCUGUUUGAAAGUGAACCUUCGCCCCAGUCUGAGGUCCUGAGCGCUCUGGAGCAGGUUUUCAUCAAGGAUCUAUCUGUACUUUGCUCCAUUCAUCUUUCCCUCGAUCCUGACUUGUCUCCCAGUCCCUGCCGCUGAAAAACAUCCCCACAGCAUGAUGCUGCCACCACCAUGCUUCACCGUAGGGAUGGCGCCAGGUUUCCUUCAGACGUGACGCUUGGCAUUCAGGCCAAAGAGUUCAAUCUUGGUUUCAUCUGACCAGAGAAUCUUGUUUCUCAUGGUCUGAGAGUCCUUUUGGUGCCUUUUGGGGCUGUCAUGUGCCUUUUACUGAGGAGUGACUUCCGUCUGGCCUCUCAACCAUAAAGGCCUGAUUGGUGGAGUGCUGCAGAGAUGCUUGUCCUCCUAGAAGGUUCUCCCAUCUCCACAGAGGACCAUGGUCUGAGUCAUGGGGUGUUUCUCAAAAUGCAUACUACCUUCCUCGGAGCACGCAAAUUGGAGCACGGGAGGGUCGGAGUACGAGUCCAAAUCAAAGUAUGCGAAACAGAGCACGGAGUGCACUUAUCAAAUGCGCACUCCGUUUGUACAUAUUUUGAAGCAUGCAUCGUUGCAAGCUUCAACGGAAGGUAUGCAAAGAAAUAUGACUCAACCACGUUAAAAAAAAUGACGCAACAUAUCUUGAAAUCAAUGUAAUGUUUUCUGCGUUCUCCACACAAGAACGUAUUCAAGAGAACGUCCUCGGAGAAUGCACUCGGAGCAUGAGAGUGUGGAGCAUUGUAGUAUGCAUAUUGAGAAACUCUUUUUUUGUGCUGAAUUGGAACAAAAGCCGGCACACCCUGCAGCUCCUCAGCACUAGAGUUAGACUAAGGUCAACUUCCAAUGUCCACUUAGAAUGAAUACCCAAUACAUUGCUAAUACCACAAUAAGUAUGCUAGUGUGGACAUUGGACCAGAGGCUAAAUCUUAAAGUGUGCCCUUGAGUCCCCUGUAGCUCAGUUGGUAGGUAGAGCAUGGCGCUUGCAACGCCAAGGUUGUGGGUUCGUUUCCCACUGGGGCCCAGUAUGAAAAUGUAUGCACUCACUAACUGUAAGUCGCUCUGGAUAAGAGCGUCUGCUAAAUGACUCAAAUGUAAAUGUUGAUCACCUCCCUGACCAAGGCCCUUCUCCCUCGAUUGUUCAGUUUGGCGGGCGGCCAGCCCUAGGAAGAGUCUUGGUAGUUCCAAACUUCUUUCAUUUAAGAAUGAAGGAAGCCAAUGUGUUCUUGGGGACCUUCAAUGCUGCAGAAAUGUUUUGGUACCCUUCCCCAGAUCUGUGCCUCGACACAAUCCUGUCUCGGAGCUCUACGGACAAUUCCUUUGACCUCAUGACUUGGUUUUUGCUCUGACAUGCACUGUCAACUGUGUGACCUUAUAAAGACAGGUGUGUGCCUUUCCAAAUUAUGUCCAAUCAAUUGAAUUUACCAUAGGUGGAAUCCAAUCAAGUUAUAGAAACAUCUCAACGAUGAUCAAUGGAAACAGGAUGCACCUGAGCUCAAUUUCGAGUCUCAUAGUAAAGGGUCUGAAUACUUCUAUAAAUAAAAUGUAUUUCAGUUUUUUAUUUUUUAUAAAUGUGCAAUAAUUUCUAAAAACCUGUUUUUGCGUUAUGGGGUAUUGUGUGUAGAUUGAUGAGGAAAUGUUUUUUAUUUAAUCAAUAUUUGAAUAAGGCUGUAAUGUAGCACAAUGUGGAAAAAGGGAAGGGGUCUGAAUAUUUCCGAAUGCACUGUAUGUGUAACCAGUGGGAAAAGAGCCCUGGUCUCCCACUCCCCAAGUCAAUGUCUCAACCAUUAGACAAAGAGGAUAUCUGUGUGGUCUGAGGGGCGAUAUUUUCAUCACGAGAGUGUGAUUUCAAAUCACCUCUGCUACAUAUGGUUUGAAUGUUCUAACCCCAGCCUGCUAUGGACCGUGAAUGUUCUAACCCCAGCAGUUCUAGAAUCUAACCCCAGCCUUCCAGUGAAUUCUCUAACCCCAGCCAGUCUGCUCUAACCCCAGCCAGUCUGCUCUAGCCCCAGCCAGUCUGCUCUAACCCCAGCCAGUCUGCUCUAACCCCAGCCAGUCUGCUCUAGCCCCAGUCAGUCUGCUCUAGCCCCAGCCAGUCUGCUCUAGCCCCAGCCAGUCUGCUCUAACCCCAGCCAGUCUGCUCUAACCCCAGCCCGUCUGCUCUAGCCCCAGCCAGUCUGCUCUAACCCCAGCCAGUCUGCUCUAACCCCAGCCAGUCUGCUCUAGCCCCAGCCAGUCUGCUCUAACCCCAGCCAGUCUGCUCUAGCCCCAGCCAGUCUGCUCUAACCCCAGCCAGUCUGCUCUAACCCCAGCCAGUCUGCUCUAACCCCAGUCAGUCUGCUCUAACCCCAGCCAGUCUGCUCUAACCCCAGCCAGUCUGCUCUAACCCCAGCCAGUCUGCUCUAACCCCAGCCAGUCUGCUCUAGCCCCAGCCAGUCUGCUCUAACCCCAGCCAGUCUGCUCUAACCCCAGCCAGUCUGCUCUAACCCCAGCCAGUCUGCUCUAACCCCAGCCAGUCUGCUCUAGCCCCAGCCAGUCUGCUCUAACCCCAGCCAGUCUGCUCUAACCCCAGCCAGUCUGCUCUAGCCCCAGCCAGUCUGCUCUAACCCCAGCCAGUCUGCUCUAGCCCCAGCCAGUCUGCUCUAGCCCCAGCCAGUCUGCUCUAACCCCAGCCAGUCUGCUCUAACCCCAGCCAGUCUGCUCUAGCCCCAGCCAGUCUGCUCUAGCCCCAGCCAGUCUGCUCUAACCCCAGCCAGUCUGCUCUAACCCCAGCCAGUCUGUCAUGAGGUCAGUAAUUCCAGUCAGACUAAUCAGGUGUAUUGUUUCUGUAGUGUGGAAAUAGAAAGAGCAGGCUCUCUCUCUCUCUCUCUACUGUGCUUUCCCUUUUACCAGAAGAGCCUAAUUAUAGACACACUGUGUAGCACAGAACAGGGUAGAGGACGUUGUCCUAGAAAGACAUGCAGCAACUCUCCUCUGGGCUCUCCUGGGAUGGGAAACCUGGGUCCUAUUCAUUAGGCACCGAAUGGAAGAAACGGACUGUAACGUUUUGCUACGGUGUGCACUAAUGAAUGUGACCCUGUUCUAUUUCUCCCCUCAACAACAGCAGGUGGAGUAGUGUUGUCAGUGUUGACAGAGUGUACUGUACCGUAGAGAGGAAAGGGCUGUCCACACUGACAUGACUCACUGCACCCUACCUUUGUGUUCAUGUCCUGUUCUCCAUAAAGACCUGUGUGUGUACAUGCAGUCACAGUACACACACCACAACCACAUCAUUGUGAACAACUAAAGGCCAGCCUUACAACACACACAUGGCCUUAGGGAGUGUAGAUUAGGACAGAAAUUACAGGGUUAUCAAUAUUAAAACACUGCAGCUGUCUUGGUGCAAGGAUGUCUGUGGUGACAGAAGAUACAAGAGAGGCUGAUUGUAUGAGCUGUGUUUGGCAAUGUUGAAGAACAGUGUUCUGUUCUCCUCCAGAACCAUAGAGAUGCACUAUAAUAUUGUUGUAUUACAUUCUGCCUCCAUAGAGAUGCACUAUAAUACUGUUGUAUUACAUUCUGCCUCCAUAGAGAUGCACUAUAAUACUGUUGUAUUACAUUCUGCCUCCAUAGAGAUGCACUAUAAUACUGUUGUUGUAUUACAUUCUGCCUCCAUAGAGAUGCACUAUAAUAUUGUUGUAUUACAUUCUGCCUCCAUAGAGAUGCACUAUAAUACUGUUGUAUUACAUUCUGCCUCCAUAGAGAUGCACUAUAAUACUGUUGUAUUACAUUCUGCCUCCAUAGAGAUGCACUAUAAUACUGUUGUAUUACAUUCUGCCUCCAUAGAGAUGCACUAUAAUACUGUUGUUGUAUUACAUUCUGCCUCCAUAGAGAUGCACUAUAAUACUGUUGUUGUAUUACAUUCUGCCUCCAUAGAGAUGCACUAUAAUACUGUUGUAUUACAUUCUGCCUCCAUAGAGAUGCACUAUAAUACUGUUGUUGUAUUACAUUCUGCCUCCAUAGAGAUGCACUAUAAUACUGUUGUUGUAUUACAUUCUGCCUCCAUAGAGAUGCACUAUAAUACUGUUGUAUUACAUUCUGCCUCCAUAGAGAUGCACUAUAAUACUGUUGUUGUAUUACAUUCUGCCUCCAUAGAGAUGCACUAUAAUACUGUUGUUGUAUUACAUUCUGUCCUCAGAGCACUGUGCUUCCUGAAGCUGGAUAUGUUUGCUGAAGCCAAGCAGGACUGUGACUCCGCCCUGAGGCUGGAGCCAGCCAAUAAGAAGGCCUUCUACAGGCGGGCCCUGGCCCAUAAAGGCCUGAAGGUGAGGGACAGGGUUCAGGGAUUCACAGGACUAGUUAGUGGGUUUGGCCGCUAAUCUCGGUUAACUACUUUGUAGACAGGCAUUAAAACGGGUGACUACCUGAUCUCUUCCUCUGUGCAUGUGUGUCCGUGUGCAUGUGUGUGCCCGUCCGUGCGUGCGUGCGUGUGUGUGACUGUGUGCCCGUCCGUGCGUGCGUAUGUGCGUAUAUGUGUGUGUGUGUCUGUGUGACUGUGUGACUGUGUGUGUGUGUGUGUGUGUGCCCGUCCGUGCGUGCGUAUGUGUUUGUGUGCGUAUAUGUGUGUGUGACUGUGUGCCCGUCCGUGUGUGUGUGUGUGACUGUGACUGUGCCCCCGUCCCCAGGACUACCUGGCGUGCAGCUCUGACCUGCAGGAGGUGUUACAGCAGGAUCCCAACGUAGCGGAGGCUGAGAAGGAGCUGGAGGAGGUCACUCUGCUGCUCAGACAGAGUCUGGCUCAGGGAUCACCUAGCAACCCCAGGAGGACUGUACCUAUCACUGAGGUAUAAUAUACUAUACACACUACACUACCAUACCCAUCACUGGAGGAAAUUCGGACAUUUCACAUUCUUAACAUAAAGUGGUGAUCCUAACUGACCUAAGACACAGAAUUUUUACUAGGAUUAAAUGUCAGGAAUUGUGAAAAACUGAGUUUAAAUGUAUUUGGCUAAGGUGUAUGUAAAUUUCCGACUUCAACUGUAGCUAAUGUAAUAAUGGUAAGGACACAGCUAAUGUAAUAAUGGUAAGGACACAGCUAAUGUAAUAAUGGUAAGGACACAGCUAAUGUAAUAAUGGUAAGGACACAGCUAAUGUAAAAAUGGUAAGGACUCAGCUAAUGUAAUUAUGGUAAGGACACAGCUAAUGUAAUUAUGGUAAGGACACAGCUAAUGUAAUAAUGGUAAGGACAUAGCUAAUGUAAUAAUGGUAAGGACAUAGCUAAUGUAAUAAUGGUAAGGACACAGCUAAUGUAAUAAUGGUAAGGACACAGCUAAUGUAAUAAUGGUAAGGACACAGCUAAUGUAAUUAUGGUAAGGACACAGCUAAUGUAAUAAUGGUAAGGACACAGCUAAUGUAAUAAUGGUAAGGACACAGCUAAUGUAAAAAUGGUAAGGACUCAGCUAAUGUAAUUAUGGUAAGGACACAGCUAAUGUAAUUAUGGUAAGGACACAGCUAAUGUAAUAAUGGUAAGGACAUAGCUAAUGUAAUAAUGGUAAGGACAUAGCUAAUGUAAUAAUGGUAAGGACAUAGCUAAUGUAAUUAUGGUAAGGACACAGCUAAUGUAAUAAUGGUAAGGACACAGCUAAUGUAAAAAUGGUAAGGACACAGCUAAUGUAAUAAUGGUAAGGACACAGCUAAUGUAAUAAUGGUAAGGACAUAGCUAAUGUAAUUAUGGUAAGGACACAGCUAAUGUAAUAAUGGUAAGGACACAUCUAAUGUAAAAAUGGUAAGGACACAGCUAAUGUAAUAAUGGUAAGGACACAGCUAAUGUAAUAAUGGUAAGGACACAGCUAAUGUAAUAAUGGUAAGGACACAGCUAAUGUAAUAAUGGUAAGGACACAGCUAAUGUAAUAAUGGUAAGGACACAGCUAAUGUAAUAAUGGUAAGGACACAGCUAAUGUAAUAAUGGUAAGGACACAGCUAAUGUAAUUAUGGUAAGGACACAGCUAAUGUAAUUAUGGUAAGGACACAGCUAAUGUAAUAAUGGUAAGGACAUAGCUAAUGUAAUAAUGGUAAGGACAUAGCUAAUGUAAUUAUGGUAAGGACACAGCUAAUGUAAUAAUGGUAAGGACACAGCUAAUGUAAUAAUGGUAAGGACAUAGCUAAUGUAAUUAUGGUAAGGACACAGCUAAUGUAAUAAUGGUAAGUACACAGCUAAUGUAAUAAUGGUAAGGACUCAGCUAAUGUAAUUAUGGUAAGGACACAGCUAAUGUAAUUAUGGUAAGGACAUAGCUAAUGUAAUUAUGGUAAGGACAUAGCUAAUGUAAUAAUGGUAAGGACAUAGCUAAUGUAAUUAUGGUAAGGACACAGCUAAUGUAAUAAUGGUAAGGACACAGCUAAUGUAAUAAUGGUAAGGACUCAGCUAAUGUAAUUAUGGUAAGGACACAGUUAAUGUAAAAAUGGUAAGGACACAGCUAAUGUAAUUAUGGUAAGGACACAGCUAAUGUAAUAAUGGUAAGGACACAGCUAAUGUAAUAAUGGUAAGGACACAGCUAAUGUAAUAAUGGUAAGGACACAGCUAAUGUAAAAAUGGUAAGGACACAGCUAAUGUAAAAAUGGUAAGGACACAGCUAAUGUAAUAAUGGUAAGGACACAGCUAAUGUAAUAAUGGUAAGGACAUAGCUAAUAUAAUAAUGGUAAGGACACAGCUAAUGUAAUAAUGGUAAGGACACAGCUAAUGUAAAAAUGGUAAGGACACAGCUAAUGUAAUUAUGGUAAGGACACAGCUAAUGUAAUAAUGGUAAGGACACAGCUAAUGUAAUAAUGGUAAGGACACAGCUAAUGUAAAAAUGGUAAGGACUCAGCUAAUGUAAUUAUGGUAAGGACACAGUUAAUGUAAAAAUGGUAAGGACUCAGCUAAUGUAAUUAUGGUAAGGACACAGCUAAUGUAAUAAUGGUAAGGACACAGCUAAUGUAAUAAUGGUAAGGACACAGCUAAUGUAAUAAUGGUAAGGACACAGCUAAUGUAAAAAUGGUAAGGACACAGCUAAUGUAAAAAUGGUAAGGACACAGCUAAUGUAAUAAUGGUAAGGACACAGCUAAUGUAAUAAUGGUAAGGACACAGCUAAUGUAAUAAUGGUAAGGACACAGCUAAUGUAAUAAUGGUAAGGACACAGCUAAUGUAAUAAUGGUAAGUACACAGCUAAUGUAAUAAUGGUAAGGACUCAGCUAAUGUAAUUAUGGUAAGGACAUAGCUAAUGUAAUAAUGGUAAGGACAUAGCUAAUGUAAUUAUGGUAAGGACAUAGCUAAUGUAAUUAGGGGCCACAAAGUGAUGUCUAGAUGGUCACAAGCUGUCUACCUGUCCUCCGUCAGGUUGAGGGUACUGAGGAGGAAGACUGGCAGGCUGCAGAGCCAGACAGGACCAAAGCAGCAGAAACAGAGACAGAAGAACCAUCAACAACAUCCACAUCAACCCCAGCCCCAGAGAACCAGUGUAGAGGAGGAGGAGGAGGAAGAGGGGAGGAGGAGGCAAUAACCAUCAACCUCCAGCCCUCUAACUCCUAUGAGUUCAACCAGUCCCUGAACGCAGCGCGGGCCCAGUCCAACCUCCCAGCCUGUGCUGAGCUGCUGAGCUGUGUUCCCCCUGAGACUCUGCCUGUCUACCUCAGUAACCAGCUGGAUGGACACACAGUCAGCUUCAUCAUGCAGGCCCUGGACACACAGCUCCUACAGAAGGACCCCAACUUAGUCUACCAGCACCUCACCCACCUACAUACUGCUGACAGGUUCUCGGUAAGAUCUAGGGGCAAACAAACCACAAUGCACCAACAUCGUGCUGCACUUGCCUUUUAAAAGUAAUCUAUGCGAAUGUGAUCUUGGUGAACGUCUGGAAAAUUGCCUUUACAAGUCAAGUGCAGUGCGAUGUUGGUGCAUCGUGGUUUGUUUGAAUCCCAUAAUUAAUAUAUUUUUCUUCUUGUUCAGUGUUUUGGAUAUUAUUUUAGCUAAACUAGACAACUGUAAGUCGCUCUGGAUAAGAGCGUCUGCUAAAUGACUAAAAUGUAAAUGUAAAUGUAAACAGUCUCUCUGUGCUGCAGGUAGUAGGACUGAUGCUGCUGUUUUGACCCCUGUGUGUCUCUUGUGUUGCAUUGUUUAUUGAUACUAAUCAUGGGAAACAGCAUUAGAGUGUACAAUGGAACAGUUUGGUACAUUUUUUAAGGCCACUGUGUGUCUCUGUAUGUUUGUACAGGUAGUUGUGACGCUGUGUUAACCCGUCUCUGUGUAUUAACAGGUAGUUGUGACGCUGUGUUAACCCGUCUCUGUGUAUUAACAGGUAGUUGUGAUGCUGUGUUAACCCGUCUCUGUGUAUUAACAGGUAGUUGGGACGCUGUGUUAACCCGUCUCUGUGUAUUAACAGGUAGUUGUGAUGCUGCGUUAACCCGUCCUCUGUGUAUUAACAGGUGUUUGUGAUGCUGCGUUAACCCGUCUCUGUGUAUUAACAGGUAGUUGUGAUGCUGCGUUAACCCGUCUCUGUGUAUUAACGGUAGUUGUGACGCUGUGUUAACCCGUCUCUGUGUAUUAACAGGUAGUUUGUGACGCUGUGUUUAACCCGUCUCUGUGUAUUAACAGGGUAGUUGUGACGCUGUGUUAACCCGUCUCUGUGUAUUAACAGGUAGUUGUGACGCGUGUUAACCCGUCUCUGUGUAUUAACAGGUAGUUGUGACGCUGUGUUAACCCGUCUCUGUGUAUUAACAGGUAGUUGUGACGCUGUGUUAACCCUGUGUAUUAACAGUCCCUGUGUUACCGUCUCUGUGUAUUAACAGGUAGUUGUGAUGCUGUGUUUAACCCGUCUCUGUGUAUUAACAGGUAGUUGUGACGCUGUGUUAGCGCGUCUCUGUGUAUUUACAGGUAGUUGUGACGCUGUGUUAACCCGUCUCUGUGUAUUAACAGGUAGUUGUGACGCUGUGUUAACCCGUCUCUGUGUAUUAACAGGUAGUUGUGACGCUGUGUUAACCCGUCUCUGUGUAUUAACAGGUAGUUGUGACGCUGUGUUAACCCGUCUCUGUGUAUUAACAGGUAGUUGUGACGCUGUGUUAACCCGUCUCUGUGUAUUAACAGGUAGUUGUGACGCUGUGUUAACCCGUCUCUGUGUAUUAACAGGUAGUUGUGACGCUGUGUUAACCCGUCUCUGUGUAUUAACAGGUAGUUGUGACGCUGUGUUAACCCGUCUCUGUGUAUUAACAGGUAGUUGUGACGCUGUGUUAACCCGUCUCUGUGUAUUAACAGGUAGUUGUGACGCUGUGUUAACCCGUCUCUGUGUAUUAACAGGUAGUUGUGACGCUGUGUUAACCCGUCUCUGUGUAUUAACAGGUAGUUGUGAUGCUGUGUUAACCCGUCUCUGUGUAUUAACAGGUAGUUGUGAUGCUGUGUUAACCCGUCUCUGUGUAUUAACAGGUAGUUGUGAUGCUGUGUUAACCCGUCUCUGUGUAUUAACAGGUAGUUGUGACGCUGUGUUAACCCGUCUCUGUGUAUUAACAGGUAGUUGUGACGCUGUGUUAACCCGUCUCUGUGUAUUAACAGGUAGUUGUGACGCUGUGUUAACCCGUCUCUGUGUAUUAACAGGUAGUUGUGAUGCUGUGUUAACCCGUCUCUGUGUAUUAACAGGUAGUUGUGACGCUGCGUUAACCCGUCUCUGUGUAUUAACAGGUAGUUGUGAUGCUGCUAGAGAAGAGUGAACGUGGUCAGAUGACUCGGCUGUUUGACCGUCUGUCUGCUGUGGACAGCGAUACCUUCAGUAAGAACGAUGUGCAGAACCUGGCCAACAAGUACAUCUGACCUCUAACCUCUGACCCUGUCUGGCCUGCUGGGGUCUGUCCCAAAUGGCACCCUAUUCCCUAGUGCACUAUAGAGGGAACAGGGUGCCAUUUGGGACAGUUUUUAGGGCGUGUUCAACAUUGCUGUCGACUUGAAAUACGAGUCGAGACUGCAAAUCACCUUGCAUCAUAAAUAAAUACUCAAUAUUAUUUGUAGGUCAAUCAGUCACAAUUUACCCAUGACACAACACGGUUUUUAUGUUCUGGAACACGGCCCUUUUCUCUGUCCUGCACCCUCCUGUCCUGCAUGACGCUUCAACAUAACAUACUGGAUCUAUGCAACGUGGCACAACACAGCUCAGAAGCAUUAUGGACCCAAACCAACCUCUCAUGUUCUCUUGAUAUAAUAUCAUAUCUCUACCUACCGUUACUAGGUAUUUCGCUCUCCAAAUACCUUUUUUUACCUGGAACUGUUUUAGCGUUAGUUAGUUGACUGGCAGUAUAUAUAAAAAUGCUGUGAACUAUUCAAGCUUUAAGAACAUAGGUCCAAUGUACAGGAUAUCUGCAAGCGUUCCCCUCUGGGUCCAUGUGCUGCAGCCAAGUCCAGUCCCCAGGCUGCAGAACCAUUCAAAUCAGAUAACACCCAUAUCAAUGUG